AUGAAUUCUGGUGGUAAGGAGUCGUUGAGCUUGGAUGAGCGAUCCAAGAAUGUCAAUGAUCUGCUACUAGUGUUGAUGGAUAUCAAUGAGAUCAAUGGUGGCAAUAGUGAUACAGCGGAGAAAAUGAAGCUGCAUGCCAAGAACUUCGAGGCAGCUUUGUAUGCCAAAAGCUCAUCGAAGAAAGAAUAUAUGGACAGUAUGAGGGAGAAGGUUAAUGCGAUGCGGAACACUAGAGAUACGAGGAAGAAGGCAGCUGUUUCUGCCACCAACCAGGGGAUGGCUGGAGGGUAUUCUGGACAUCCCAACCAGCAACAGAGUCAGCAGCAGAGGCAAGGGAAUGUGAUGAUGAACGGCAGUUAUGUACCUAAUACGCUUAACAUGAAUUCACAGACAUUUUUGAAUCAGCAGGCGCAGGUGAGGCAGCAGGCUGCUCAACAGAUGAGAAAUCAGCGAAGGCCGCAGUUGACGCCCCAGCAGCAGCAGUUAAUCAACCAGAUGAAAGUCGCCAUCAUCCCUAGAGAACUUUUGCAGAGAAUACCAAACAUACCACCUGGAGUCAAUACAUGGCAGCAGAUCACUGAGCUGGCGCAGCAGAAGAGGCUUACGGCGCAAGAUAUGCAAGUGGCAAAGGAGAUUUACAAAUUACAUCAGCAGCUAUUGUACAAAACUAAGAUACAGCAGCAGCAGAACGCUAAUAACAGAAUGGUUAUGCAGCAACAGACACCGCAACCCCAAUCGCAACCCCAGCCUUUGCAAGGUCAAAGGGUAUCGAGUAACGGCCAUCUGCCACAACAGCAGCAACAAUCUCAGCAAGCUCAGCAAGCUCAGCAACAGCAGCCACAGCAGAGGCAAUUGAAACCAGGUGAAAUACCAAACGUUUUAAGCCAAAUUAAUCAAAUCUUCACUCCGGAAGAGCAAAGGUCGCUUUUACAGGAGGCUAUGGAAGCCUGUAAGAACUUCCAGAUGACCCAAUUUGGUAAGAAUAUGACAGACUCUAAUAGACAAAACUUCAUCCGGAAAUACAUCAACCAGAAGGCUCUUAAGAAAAUUCAAAAUAUGCGGCUGGCACAGAUGGCAGCUCAAGGUGGCCAGCAACCGCAGCAACCACAGCAGAGACAGCAGGUUCAGCCACAGACUCAACCGCAGACUCAACUGCAUUCAAGAAACCCAAGUGCUGGAUUAAUGGCCAACAAUGGGCAAACGAACGGUGCUAAUGGUCUUCAAAAUAGCAUGCCGCAAUCUAUGCAGCAUCAGCACUUGGACAGGGGAUCACAACAGCCACAGCAGACAUCGGUGCAACAACCACGACCCAGCGUUCUACAAGCGUUUGCGCCUACACCUCAAGAUGUCGAGACUGUUAAGAGGAUAUCAGCUGAAGCAGCCAGAACGCCGUUAAGGUUAUCUGACCUCACGAAUACUUUGUCGCCACAGGAAAAGGAAGAAAUUAAGCGAAAGUUGCAGCUCAAUCAACAGCUAUUCGCUCAGGUCAGCAACUAUGCUCCACAAGUGUACGUGCUGACGAAAAGCGAGAACUUCCUGAAAGAGGUCUUGCAGUUGCGAAUAUUUGCAAAAGAAAUCUUGGAAAAGUGCACAAAGGGAAUAUUUGUUGUUAGGCUCGAUACUGUGGAUAAAUUGAUCCUCAAAUAUCAAAAGUACUGGGAAAGCAUGAAGAUUCAGUUGUUGAGAAGGCAACAACUAAUCCAGCAACAGCAGCAGCAACAACAACAACAACAACAACAACAACAACAACAGCAACACCCUGCUAACAAUGACCAGUCUGGCCCAAACAUCUCCCAACAGCAGCAGAGAGUGCAGGGAUCUCUGCAACAGAUUCAGCAGCAGAUGCAGCAGAAACAGCGUCAACAGCAAAGGUCUAUGCCAAGCAGCACUAGCGGAAACACGAUGAAUGCACCAAAUCCUGCCGCGCUUGCAGCUGCCUCUGCCAUGUCUAAUGGAAAUAACUAUAUGACAUCUAACUUUCAGCAGACAAUGCCAGAUGGGAACAUAGGGUCUGUUCCAAACUCAAGCGAGUUCGAUCCGUUGAACGGCAAUAUUGCUCUUGGUUACAUGUCCGCUGAUGGCGCAAAACCGACUUCGAGUCAAGGUGUAUCGCCUCAAACAGGCAACCAUAACAGGGUAAAAUCCAACAUCAAGAAGGUGUCUCCGCUCAAUCCAGGCCAAUCGAAUAUUAACUCUCCUACCGUUGUACCGCAGGGUGCAAUGCACAGCAGAUCGGUAACGCCUGCAGUAAUGGGCAUGGCAGGUUCGCCUUUGGGCGGGGCCAAAAACGGUGGAGCGUAUCAGAAAACCCCAUCUCCAUUGACCGUUCCAUCAGCAUCGCAACCCGCUACUGUGGCUGAAAAUAGGCCAUUCAAAGAGGAGGAGGAGAACCUCAGAAACUUGAAUAUCAGGAAGGCUGAGAUCAUCUCCCGCUUCAAACAUCGGCAAGAAAUCUUUAGUAGCUCUGCCAUUGAUAUGUUUCUAUCCACUUUGGCAGACUGUAUUGGCGUUAAAGACGAUCAAGUUGAUAUAGUGAUGAAUAUUUCGCAGUCUCUGGUUGACCAGGUCAACGGCACAGGCAAGAAGAAGCUUACAAAGGCGGCACAAAGAGCCAGGGACCAAGAUGUGGUGUCUUUGUCUAUAAAGAACAACCGACUCAUCAUGGAGAGCAAAGCUUCACCAACAACCCGUUCAUAUCGUAUUCGUCCUAGAGCCCUCGCUUCCGUCUUCAAGAACGUUUCUAAAAUGGCAGAUGUUAAUGAAAUGAAUUUAAACGAUAGCACACCUAACAGCGACGCAUGCAACGAGGCCCCCAGUAAGACUAAGAGGAAAUUGCAAGAUCUGGAAAACAGUCCCGCUAACUCCAACACCUCGCCCUCUUCAUCAUUGAUGAGUGAGUCCAAAAGACUUAAGGUUGACUCGCCCGAGGAUUUGUUUGUUGGGAAAGACGACGGCAAACUACAAAGGUCUAUGCAGGACGGACUCAGCAAUAUCUGGAAUUGGAACUACUGGGCGAGCUUGGACUGA